AUGACAACCAGUCCUGGAGGCCUUGAGGAUGUUCAACGAAAUCGAUCAGCGUCCCUCACGGUGGGCAGGGUUUGCCUGCCGACGGACAAGGCUGCAGUACAAAGAACGCAGACCGAACACAUGCAAGGCUCCAGAGUGUCACCAAAGCCUUGUUUCGAAACAGCCGUACGACAUGAUUGGCUCGCACAUCGAGCUCUACAUAGACUCGGUAAGGGUGCGUUGGCCUUGCAUGUCUCUGUGGAGACUCUAGACCGCGAGGAAGUCGUCGCAAAAAUGAUUGGUUGGGUGUUCACUUUGGUGGGGAGAGUCACCGACACAGUUGAAGAUGCAAGCCAAGUAAGCCCUACGCCCGUCUGGAUCAGUGUCGAAUUUACUGCUUCAUACAAGUUUGCCAUCGAUCACACAAACAAUACCUCGUAUAUCAUGACUUCGCAAUCAAACUUCCAGGCUGUCGCGCCUGUUCGCACAGAUACAGUUGGAUCGCAAUCAUCAUCGGACAUGUCUGUCUCAAAUUCCCCAACAUCGCCCACAUCGCGUGCGGCAACCGAGUUCUUUGGCGCCAUCAGUGCUCGCGUUCGCGGUCGCUCGAGAAGUCGGUCUCGCGAUGCGUCGCGCAAGCGGACCAAAUCACCCAUGGUCCCGCCGCCUAAACAGAUCGCGCAAGCCCAGCACAACCGCAACACUUCAACAUCAACAACGACCUCGCCUACUACACCUGUACGACCCAGCCUUCAAUCGGCAAGCAGGCGAAGCACAAGCGGAAGCGAUAUGUGGCGUGGCCGGCAUUCGAAUGAUUGGUUGUUUGGUGGAUGGUCGGCGACGGAGACUGCGAAAGAUCUCCUCAACCGUCGCAAGUAGGGUACACAAGCUAGUCUGUGACUGCUUGGUAUGGUUGGGCUAGAUGACUGCAGGAAGGUGUCACACAACAAGAGUGUCUGGUAGCCCAUCAACGACUGUUAUGAAACGAGGAAAUAAUGAGAAAGGAAAUUUGACGAGUAGGAAAAGACGGUUCAAUGCAGUCUCGGCAUGGCUCGAAUGGCUUGCAAAGUAUUUUGUAGCCUCUAGGAUAUGUAUAUUAGCUGAAUGUAAAUGCAUGCUGCAAAUUG